AUACUACCACAGCGGUUGGAGACACAGGGGCAGGACGUACUAUGGAGCAUAUGUCUUUUGAGCUAAAAGUGAUUUCUUGCAGAGAUAUUAAGACCUUCAAUUUCUUCCAGAAGCUGUCAGUCUCUGCUGUUGCAUCCAUUCUUCAUGAAGACCAGAAGAAGAAGAAGAAGAAGGAACAGCAGUCAUACCUGCAGCGACACAAGACGCCAGUCGACAGAGAUGGAGGCAGGAACCCGGAGUGGAAUCACACGAUGCAGAUUGAUCUCAAAGAAAUUCCACUUAAUGAUUCUUGCAUUUUCAGUCAUCUAUAUCUUCUAUUCCAAAUUUGCUGCGAGGGUAUUGCUUUUGGUAGCAGAAACAUUGGUGAAGUUCGUGUUCCGUUCAAGGACUUGAUCGAUGAGUUCGAUGGGAAUAUCAGGUAUGUGAGUUACCUGAUCAGAACAAAGGAUAGGGAGCCUAAUGGGCUCUUGAAUUUCUCUUAUAAAGUAAACGGGAAGACAAAGGAAAGAGGGACUGAUAAGUAUUUGGUGCCAGGGAAAGUUCAUCAUCCAUCAGUGGGUGUUCUGCGUAAACAACAAUCUUGUUUGUUUCCCGAGAAAACUCAUUACCCUUGGGUGAAUGUUCUUCACAAACAGUCAUCAGAUAUUUGUUAUCCUUCACUGGCUGAUAUUCACCCUCCGUCGCCAUCUCCUGCCACUACUUCUCCCGACUGCUCUGAAAAAUCGUCAUCCCCUGCUUUUCCUCUGAAUAUUGAGAAUUCUGCAGCAUGAGUACUCCACAGUCACCAUCUCCAGCUUUUCUCAUGAAUCAUCACCCAAAUUAUCAUCCAUUUCCAGCACAUAUUCCUCGUAAAUCUGGGUAUCCACCGGCGUCGAUGCUUAACGGCUUCCAUCUGCGCGGGUACUGAUUGCAGCCUUGCAGGGAUUAAACUAUUAGGAACAGUUUCUAGGACUAGAUAGUGCGGAUGCUGACGGGUUUGUGAAAUACUAGCCAUGGCUGAAUUUAUUUAAAAUACUGUCACCUCACCAGUUGUGUUAGUUCUUUGAAAUGGUAUGUUUGGUGCUAAUCUUGUUCAGAUUUCUUGUUAAUUCGGAUGAAAUUCAAUCUCACAAACCAACAUAAAGUUGUACCAUAACUUCUUCUUCUUUUUUUUCAAACGCUCUCUCUUCCCUUUCUCUCUCUAAAAACUCUCUUUUCUCCAUGGCGGUACGGGGACCCUUCAAUAUCUGAUGGUUUUCUCCUCAUAUUUGGUGUGUUCCUCCACCAAUCUGGUGGUUUUGUUCCUCUCGUUCAGAUUUGACUUUUCUGGCGAUGGCUUGAGUUCCUCCACCAAUCCGGUGGUUUUGUUCCCCUCGUUCAAAUUUGGCUUUUUCUGGCGAUGGCGUGAGUCUUUUUGGUGGCGACCUCCGCCUUAUAAUAGCUCUGAUUAAGGUUCUGAAGAAAAUGUCUCAAGACUUGCGUAUGCUCUCUCAAUCUUGUUAUUUGGGGAGCUUUCAAGUCAGUUCACCAUAGUGCAAACUGCAAAGUUUAUUGUUUCAACGCCGUUGUUUGCUUCUAAGAAAGAGUUUAUAUCGUUUUGCUCUACAAGUUGUUGCAGACGCACGCUAUUGUAUUGAGUCUUUUCUUUGUUCUUGAUUUAAGAAUUUUAUUUUCUUGUAAUGUAAUAAUGUUACUGGAGGAGGAUCCUCUUAUCUGAAUCAAUCGAGUAACUUGUGCUGGUUUUUCUUAAUACAAAUUUUCUUAUUAUCAAAAAA